AUGACAGCAACAAAUAUGCUCAACAACGGCAGUGAUCCUGUUGACAGUACUAAUCGCCGCAAGUUGACCCCUUGGACCUUUCCUGCAGAAACUAAAUGUAUUCCAGAAGACCAAUACACAGACCUCGAGGUUAUCGAUCUGGCUGACUUUCGUGAAUAUGAACAAGAAAUACCCUUAACUCCGGAACAAACUGAGGCGCAGAAUGACCUGAUCAGGCGCGUUCGGACUGCCCUACACACAGUCGGCUUCAUUGCAGUGAAGGGACACGGAUUGACGAGCGAAGACAUUCAGCACCAAGCUGACAUUGGAAGACUCUUGAAUUACGAUGUUGCAGAAGAGGAAAAGCACCGUCUUCAUGCACGAAUUGCCCAGGAGGGAAGUUGGGCAGGGUACAAGCCACGAGGAUACUAUCGCCGCCCAGAUGGCGCGUACGACAAUAUUCAGCAUUACGACGUCUAUCCGUUCACAGCUUUGAAGUCACGACUCCCGGAAGUUGCACAACCAUACGUCACUGAUAUUCGUAAGUUUAUGGAGUACAAUCACUACACCAUCCUCCGAAAGCUCCUCGCGAUCAUUUCUCUUGGCUUAGGUUUGGAAAGGGAAACGCUAUGGCGCCUUCACCACCGGGAAGAGGGGAACGAUUCUGGCUUCGUGGAAUCUUCAGAAGGAGAGAUUGAGUGGCGGCACAGUAAAGAUCAUUUGAGAAACGCGGUGUACCACCCCCUGUCCGUUGAAGAUCGCGAGAAGAGGAAAGGCAUAUCAAUUUAUGGUCAUACAGACAUUGGUUCAGUCUCCUUUCUCUAUUCGCAACCAAUCGCUGGUUUACAACUCCUGACACCGAACGGAGAAUGGCGUUACAUCCGGCACUAUCCUAACCACAUCAUAGUGGACCUCGGAGAUUCGAUGGAGUUUCUGACAGGCGGCGUUCUGAAGGCAUCCCCUCAUCGUGUAACUGUACCUCCGGCGGAUCAAGAACACCUGGAUCGAUUAGGCAUCUUCUACUUUGUCCCUUUUCUACCUGAAGUCGAACUUUCUCUGCUCGACCAUCCCUCUCUGCACCAACUGGGGGGCAAGGACGUUUUUGAAGAAUAUUAUCAACUUGGUGGGAAACCGAUUACUUCCAACGAGUGGCUUGUAAUGAAGUCGAAGCUUGUGGGUACGAAACGUGUGAAGAGAGAGAAGCGUGAAGCCAUCGACGUAUUGGAGGAUAUACACUUCAGGUACAACCCCGCCUGA